AGGUGGCGUGGUCUCUGUGAGAAUCUUAGAUUUGGUUGGUUUUGAUGAGCUGAUACCAUGGAGCAGAAAGCGCAGGGAGUUUGUACCAGCGCGUACAGGUACGCCCACCGCCGCGAGGGAGGAGCCGAUAUCCAUGAUGUAUUUGUCGAGAAGAGCGUGUUCAGGGUGCUACUUUCCUGUAUCAGUGCAGCGCUCCUUCUAGGAAAUGUUUGUCGUUCCUUGUUGUCGAAGGAGACUUUAUGCCUCGCAAGGUGGCUUUGGAGUGCUUCAUUUUCUGCUAUUAUUGCUAAAUGGUUGCAAUACAAGCCUGUGAAGAAAGAGUCAUUGAUGAUCAUGCCAGCUUUUGGCAUUCAGCUAGAACAACACUUCUGGAGUGGAAGAGUGCAUCGCCAAUUUGUGCCCGUCAGCAAGCUCCUAAAGCCGCUGCUGAAUGAGUGUGUGACCCCUGUUACAUGUUACUGGAGCUUGGCGGUGCUUUUACGCGAUGAGGAUGAGCUCAUGCUUGUUUUCAAGAAACUGCAUCCACCGGUCAAAAUCUUGGUCCUGAUCUGGAAAGCUUUGUGCACAUUCACAAACUCCGACGGCAUUAGCCUUUCUGAAGUUCCUCGACCAGAUGAUUUGCAUGAAAAUGUUGAUCAGGAUGGUGCUGUGGAGUCAUGAAUAGCACAUGGAAACUAUUCCCUGAAGCGUUUCCUACCAAGUGACAGCAUGAUGCUCAGUUUUGUCACCACUAACUGAAGAUAAAUUAUCAGGUGGAGAAUGUUAGCGAUACUACCAGGGCUCUGAUCAUUCGUCCGAACAGGCUAAAUUAUUUUCUGCUUAGCUGCAUAAACUGAGUGACCCACUUGUAACACUGGCCAU